AAUUUGACCAGAGCAGUGUAUUUAUGGCAAGACCAAGGCAAAACUUGAUUCCUCAUUCUCUGCUUUAUCAUAACGACUGAAAAGGUUCACAGGUAUAUUCAUAUUUAAGGGAGUGUGUAACUGUUCUAAUUCCUUAUACGUUGCAUGCAUCAUCAGGAAUUUCAUAUGCAGCAGAUAGGCAUACAGCCAGAUUUCUGCAACAGCCAAGGCAUUUCUGAGUGGCAACACCACUCUGAUCUGGUGGAGCCAUGUCCAUCUGGACACUGGGGAGCCCCAGGCCAGCAGGGUUUCUGCUAAGUGGACCUUUCCAAAUCCUCUCUGGGACAAAACCAGGUUGGGCAUCUUCAAGAAAAGAUGCUCUUGUAAAGUUGUUGUAGCUGCUUAAAUAAGCCCCAAAUAGAAUCUAGUCAGUCUCUCUGUGCUUUUCUUUAAAUUUCCCUUCAUAGAAAGCUAAAACUUAAAGAGAUUUCAGAGAAGCUAGUCUGACCCCAUCUCCCAGUGUCAUUGAGAAAACUGAAGCCCGGAGGGGCUGGGUCACUUGCCUGAGGUUUUGCAGCACAUUCUCCUAAUGUGGCCUAGAACUCCUCACCAGGCCUCCUCCUAUCGCAGGUGGAAACUAAAGAGGAAAAGAUGAAGCCGAACUCAGAGGGAAGCAACAUAAUUAAACUGGUUUAUCGUUUGGCAACAGAGAUCAGAGGAGUGAGUGGAAAGAAACUGAAAAUCGGUUAAACACUCGCAGUUUGAAAGAGGCAUGUGAUUCCUGCUUUUCCUAAGCAGCUGAAAUGUGUUUAUAGAUCCUUCCUGGAGCUCUCUCAUUGCUAUUGUCCUAUAAGGGGAAUUCCUGGAGACUGAGCUGGGUGGUAUUUGAGUAUUCUUCUCAAUGGAAAGCAAUGAGCCUGUGUGCUACACUGCUUAGGCCACACAAUCCCCCAAGCCUGGGCUGCCAGACGUGGUCAUCAUUGUUCCAUGCAGAUCAUACCCAUCCUGUGCAGAAGGUCACUGUAGGAACACAUGGCACAGGGAAGAACACGCCCAUAAAAAUUCACAUGGUGCUUGUCUAAACCGAAGGCAGGUGAGAUCCAUCCACUGUCAUGGGCAGCUGCUAGCAUGCUCCCAUGUGUUUACAAUAAUUUCUCCACCAAAAGAGGCUGCUUUAAAAACAAACUGCUAAAACCUGUGACCCAGCGCCACAUUGAGACAGAAAGCAUGGGACUGUGACCGUUUUAAGAAUUACUAAAGUAUGAGGCUUGACCAGAUCAUUUUUCUAAGGAUCCAGAGCCCUUUAGAGAGAAUUCAAGAGAAUUUCUGGUGACUUCUACCACCUCUGAAGAAUUAAAAAAACUCACGUGUGCUGCUUUCCCGGCCUCUGUGGUAGUUAAUUCUGCUUGGCAGUUUUUGUUGUCAAAUAGUUUUUUAAAAAUCUGGAGCUAUCUCAGAUAUAAAUACCUUAUGAUGCCAAAGGACUGUCUUUCACCCAUAAAAACUGAAGCCAUGUGCCAGAAGCCCUCGUGGCUCAAGGGCUCUGUCCUUGGACACGGAUGAGGGCAGCUGGGCGGUGGGACCGAGGCUCUGCCUGAAUGCUCAGCUUCUGCAGGCUAGGGUGGAGAGUGUGCUCCCGCCUACUGGCUCGGCCAGCACAGGAGCACGUAUCCUGCAGGUUUGGGUUGCACACAGGCUUUCCCCUGCGGAGUCAGUUCCCCAGAUCUCUUCAUCACUUCCCCAGAUCUCUGGGAUCUUCAGCUGAGAUUGGGCCCCAGCACCUGGACUCAAGGCAGUAGCAGAAUCCCAUGGUAGCCAGGUGGGUGAAGGGGAGCGCGGACGUUCUACCUGCCUUGAAGAAGACACCUGACCUGCGGAGUGAGUGACCAGUAUUUCCAGAGCCUGGCAAUGGAUGCCAUUCACAUCAGCAUGUCCAGCACCCCCCUGGUGAAGCACACUGCUGGGGCUGGGCUCAAGGCCAACAGACCCCGCGUCAUGUCCAAGAGUGGGCACAGCAACGUGAGAAUUGACAAAGUGGAUGGCAUAUACCUACUCUACCUGCAAGACCUGUGGACCACAGUUAUCGACAUGAAGUGGAGAUACAAACUCACCCUGUUCGCCGCCACUUUUGUGAUGACCUGGUUCCUUUUUGGAGUCAUCUACUACGCCAUCGCGUUUAUUCACGGGGACUUAGAACCUGGUGAGCCUAUUUCAAAUCAUACCCCCUGCAUCAUGAAAGUGGACUCUCUCACUGGGGCAUUUCUGUUUUCCCUGGAAUCCCAGACAACCAUUGGCUAUGGAGUCCGUUCCAUCACAGAGGAAUGUCCUCAUGCCAUCUUCCUGUUGGUUGCUCAGUUGGUCAUCACAACCUUGAUUGAGAUCUUCAUCACCGGAACCUUCCUGGCCAAAAUUGCAAGACCCAAAAAGCGGGCUGAGACCAUCAAGUUCAGUCACUGUGCAGUCAUCACCAAGCAGAAUGGGAAGCUGUGCUUGGUGAUUCAGGUAGCCAACAUGAGGAAGAGCCUCUUGAUUCAGUGCCAGCUCUCUGGCAAGCUCCUGCAGACCCACGUCACCAAGGAGGGGGAGCGGAUUCUGCUCAACCAAGCCACUGUCAAAUUCCACGUGGACUCCUCCUCUGAGAGCCCCUUCCUCAUUCUGCCCAUGACCUUCUACCAUGUGCUGGAUGAGACGAGCCCCCUGAGAGACCUCACACCCCAAAACCUAAAGGAGAAGGAAUUUGAGCUUGUGGUCCUCCUCAAUGCCACUGUGGAAUCCACCAGCGCUGUCUGCCAGAGCCGAACAUCUUAUAUUCCAGAGGAAAUCUACUGGGGUUUUGAGUUUGUGCCUGUGGUAUCUCUCUCCAAAAAUGGAAAAUAUGUGGCUGAUUUCAGUCAGUUUGAACAGAUUCGGAAGAGCCCAGAUUGCACCUUUUACUGUGCAGAUUCUGAGAAACAGAAACUUGAGGAGAAGUACAGGCAGGAGGAUCAGAGGGAAAGAGAACUGAGGACACUUUUAUUACAACAGAGCAAUGUCUGAUCAUAGGAGUGCCAUCCAGGUUUAACCCUGCAAGCUGUUUCCACAUCAGAACUCCCAUCAAACACAAAGAUUGCUGUGAAAACGAAAAUGUGUAGAUGCACUCUCAAAAACUGCAUGGACAUACAAAACCAAUCUUUCCCUUUGAUCUUGUGGCUAAACCAGCAUUUCUGUGUUUGAGAGAUUUCCUUUUAAGUGCUUCGAAUGAAAGUGAACUCUCAUAAUUCAAAUUGUAUAAAAUAAAUCUACAUUUCUAAGAGCUUGGUGUAGGGCAAUUGGAAUAGUGUCCUGUUAGAUAAACAGACAUUUAGCAAUGCUGACAUUAAAAGGAAAUGUAUUUCUAUACAAGAUUAUUAGCUCUAAUAUAAGAUAUUUAUUUAACCAAUAACCUUAUGGCCGAGAGUUGAAUUGUGGUUCAGUAUUCAUUGAUCUACUGCUUUAAAACAUGCUGUUUUUGUUCAAGCAGGAAAAAUAUUAUAUCUAAUGAUGUCUAUUUGGUAAUACCUAAAAAGAGGUAGAGCGACUCUCUAUUCACAAAAUAUAGUAAUUUCAUUUUUACCUUUCUUCAGUGGACUGAAUUGUAUGGAAGGAAAUCGAUCAGAUCUGUCAUUCACAACUGUGGAAACCUACACAAAUGGGGCUGAUGCCAUUGUUUCCUCUAUUUUUUUAUUUUAUUUUUAUGUUUUGGAAUUUACUAUCCUCUUUCCAUUCAAAAUGUUUCCAUUCAAAAUGUGGUUCACAGACCCACUGCAUCAGCACCAUCUGAGCGUUUAUUCGUAACGUGUAGAUUCUCAGGCCCCAGCCAGACUUACAGAAUUGGGAUGUCUGUAUCUUAACAAGAACCCCAGAUGAUUUGUAUACAGAUAAAAGUUUGAAAGUUCUGCUCUGGACAAUGUUUUCAAAGCAACUUUCCGAAGCCAUGUGGAAAACUGACUCGGUGGGUCCCGUAUCCCCGUGGCAUCCAGACCUGGCCCCUCUCCAUUUCAUUAUUAUUGGCCAAUAUUUCUUUGAGCCAUUUCAUUUCUUGUCUAUUAAAAUGCCUUGCCCAUAAAGGAACUGCAUAGAAUUAUCCCCUGACAUUCCAAGAGCAAAAUAAAGCUCUUGAGAGUAAUUGCUGUCUCAGUCAUGCUUGCUGAUUACAGUUAGCACAAAAGAAAAAUUCAGCUGCCUGACAAUACAGGAAAUGUUCUCAGAUGCUGAAGUUUGUAAGGUCCGGUGGGGCCAUGAGGAAGAAGAGGAGCUGAAGGUAAGGAACUCAUAAACAAGAUGACUCUUUGACGCAUGAACAAGAUUUGAAAAUCUCAAACCUGUAAAGAAUACCCCCGCUAUUUAAAUAAAGCUCAUACCAAGAGGUAACAUUUUGCCCCGGGCAAAAUUCAGGGGUCGAGUGCCCUGCAUUCCUUUGAGGCAAAAAAUAACUGGUCUAUGACUGGUUAAAUGUCCAAAAGGUGAAUUCUCAUUUCAUUCAAACAAAGACAGAUUUGCACGUUCACUCAAGCAGAAUGUGGCCAUGAAUAUUCAGUCCCUGCAUACGUACAAAGAUGUACACAUGAUUCCCGCCACCACACACACAUACACUCACACACACGCACGCACACACACACAGGCCCUGGCUCUUCAAGCAUAAUCAUGGUAGUCAUCAGUGAAAGACAUUUGCGAUUAAGAUAGCAAGUCCUUGACAAAUAUAUUCAUGUCUAUUUGGUUCUAUAAAAAUAUGAACAUUGGGACUCAGAGAAAAUGGGGAAAAUAAAGUGGAUUCAGAUAAUCAGUGAAAUGAUGGUAUAGAUUACAGUAGAUCUGCUAUAUAUUGAUGUUACUGCAUUUGCAAAUGUCCUCCCAUUAAACAGAAAAUGUGGCUAAAA